AUUAACAAAUAAGAGAUCAAGAUCAAACAAAUGAACCAAAAAUAUAUGUUUAAGCAGCUAAUAAAACAAUUUAUUUAAAAAGCAAAAAUAAAGGUUAACACUUUAAAUUUUCCAAAAAUCUUUGUAUUGUGCCAUACAUUUUAGGCAAGCAGCCAACUCAUUCUCAUGUUCUGCUGGAAUAUAAGAAAGAGUUUCCACAUGGGUUACUUUUGCUGGAUUUUGUAACUUCAUUAAAGGAGAUUGUAAAGUUAAGUAAGUUGUCUCACCUCCUGCUUUGAUUUAUAUGGGAUUAGAUAAGUUUGAAAAUGAGUCAUUGAUUAAGUGGGGCUUUCCAGAAGAUGUGUGGUUUCAUGUUGAUAACUAUUCAUCAGCUCAUGUUUAUUUAAGAUUACAAAAAGGUCAAACAUUAGAUUCUAUUCCAUUACCUUUAUUGCAAGACUGUGCUCAGUUGGUGAAAUCUAACAGUAUUGUUGGAAAUAAAAAGAACAAUAUAGAUAUCAUAUACACUGAAUGGUCUAAUUUGAAAAAGACAGGUGAUAUGGAAGUUGGACAAGUUGCUUUCCAUAACAGUAAAAACGUCAGAACAAUAAAAGUUGAGAAAAAGAAUAAUGCUAUUGUAAAUAGACUGAAUAAAACUAAAAGAGAAACAUUUCCCUGCUUUCAAUCUGAACGAGAAGAAAGAGAUCGUUUGGAAAGAGCGGAACAAAAAGUAAAGCAAAAGAUUGAAAAAGAAAAGGAAAAGCAAGAUGCUUUGAAAAAAGAAGAAGAUGCCCAGCUAAGAAGCUAUUCAUCUCUAAUGCAAGGCCAGAUGCAUUCAAAUCAGGAUGAUGGUGAAGACUCUGAUGACUUUAUGUAAUUUAUUCAUUUAUCAUAUAAUCAUUUAUUAUAUAAUCAUUUAUUCAACAUUAUUAAUUAUUAAUCAUUAUUAUUAUGUAAACAUUUAAAUCAUUGGAAGAAAUACAUUGGCUUAAUCAUUUUUAUGUAAACAUUUUCUGACUGUAAAAAUAAAAUCAUCAGUUUUAAUCUAACAUUUGACUGUUUUAUGCAGCUUUUGGAAUGAUUCAUUGGCAAAUAAAUUAAAUGAAAUUCUUUGAACAA